AUGGGAAGCAUAUCGCCUGCCGAUGGCUCUCAGGGCUCAGCUCUGGAUCUGACUGUCUUGGGCUUGAAUAGUGGAACAUCGAUGGACGCGAUUGACUGCGCUCUAUGCCGAUUCAGACAACAAGACCCAAAUCAACCUGUUGUGUUGGAGCUCCUCAAGUAUGGCGAGACACCGCUCAACCCCAAGAUCAAAACCCGCGUCAUGAAUAUGAUCCUGCACAAUCGCACAUCGCCAGAAGAAAUCGCAGAAGUCAAUGUCAUUCUCGGAGAAACAUUUGCCGCCGCAGCAGAAGACUUUCUCGCCACCAACAACAUUGACAAGUCUACGGUAGACGUCAUCGGCUCCCAUGGUCAGACGAUAUGGCAUAUUCCCAACCCGACCCCAACCCAGGUCAGAACAACAUUGAGCAUGGGCGAAGGUGCAAUUAUAGCAGCCCGUACGGGGAUCACAACCGUAACGGACUUCCGUAUAAGUGAAGUUGCUGUUGGACGACAGGGUGCACCGCUGGUUGCCUUCUUCGACGCUUUGCUCUUGCACCAUCCCACAAAGUUGCGGGCCUGUCAGAACAUUGGCGGCAUUGCGAACGUCUGCUUUAUUCCGCCAGAUAGUCAAGGAGGGGUUGACCGGUGCUACGACUUUGACACAGGACCUGGCAAUGUGUACAUCGAUGCUGCGGUUCGGCACUAUACAGGCGGUGACCGGGAAUUUGAUAGAGACGGAGAAAUGGGCAAACGUGGUACCGUGGAUCAAGAACUUGUCGAUGACUUCUUGUCGAGUCAUGAAUACUUCUCAAGAAGUAUACCCAAGACGACGGGCCGUGAAGAUUUUCGAGAUACCAUGGCACUGGAUCUGAUUGCGAAGGCAGAGAGGAAGGGCUUGUCGCCAGAUGAUGUGGUUGCCACAAUAACCCGAAUUACCGCACAGUCCAUCGUCGACCACUACAGGCGUUUUGCUCCCUCACAAGACAUUGACGAACUGUUCUUGUGUGGUGGCGGUACCUGGAAUCCCAAUAUUGUCGAUUUCAUUCGAAUCAGCUAUCCAAAUACUAGAAUAUUCAUGAUGGACGACGCCGGAAUAGCGGCCAACGCAAAGGAAGCCAUCACUUUUGCCUGGCAAGGCAUGGAGGCUGCAAUCGGUCGGCCCAUACUGGUUCCGGAUCGUGUAGAGACUAACCGGGAACAAAUUCUUGGGAAAAUGUCGCCGGGCAACAACUAUAGGGAGCUCAUGCACAAAACAAUGCAGUUCGGGUCACCUGGCGAGAGACUAAGGCCCGCCAAGACUUUGCUCAACCUUGUCAGCGGGCAAGUAUUUGAUACCAAAUGGUGA